GACUCGCGGUACUUCAAUGAGCCACAACAACAGACCGUUCGUUGUUUUGUGCUGCUAACCUAUUUUAGCUAGCUAGUUUUGUUUUCGGUGCUUUUUGUAUCAGUGUGUUGCUAUUUAAAAAAAGAAAGAAAAGAAAAAUGAAGCUGCCAUGUUUAGUCGCGGCUCUGUGUCUCGGAGUGGGUGUAAUGGGAGGAAAAUACUCUCGGGAACUGAAUGAGCCCAAAGCCAGUGGCAGUGAUGGACAGACAGUGGAGUUCAGGAUAGCUAAGCUUAACCAGGUGUGGGAGAAAGCAAAAAGGAUGCAACUGUCCCCAGUCCGACAGGCUGAGCUGCACAGUGACCUGAAGAUCCAGGAGAAAGAUGAGCUACAGUGGAAAAAAAUAAAGGUGGAAGGACUGGAUGAAAACGGGGAGAAGGAAGCUCAACUUAGACGUAACUUCAACGUGAUUCUGGCCAAGUACGGGAUGGAUGGGAAAAGGGACGCACGGUCGCUGGAGACCAACUCGCUGAAAGACCACGAAACCAAAGAAGGAGACAUUUUUGAUGAUCCCAGGCUGGACAAACUCUGGAAUAAGGCCAAGAGCUCUGGAAAAUUUUCCAGUGAGGAGCUGCUGAACCUGAAGAGGGAGAUUCAGCAUCACAAGGACAAGAUUCAUGAGUACAACAUCCUCACGGAUACCGUCAGCAGGACUGAGGAAAUACACAAGAACGUGAUAUCUCCCCUUGAGGGUGAUGCCAAAGAGCACAUGCUGCAGCAGAAGCACACAGAGCUGAAGGAGAAAAUGAGAGACCUCAAUCAUGGCUUUGAGCGCCUCCGCAAAAUCAGCCACGAGGGCUUCACUGAAGACAGCGAGUUUCAGGAGCCCCGUGUAAUUGAACUGUGGGAGGCUGCCAAGAGAGCCAACCUUAGCACCGAUGAGCUGGACUCUCUCAAGGAGGAGCUGCAUCACUUUGAGACAAAGGUGGAGAAACACAGUCAUUACCAAGAGCAGCUGGAGCUGUCUCACCAGAAGCUGCGACAUGUAGAGACUUUAGGAGACAAAGAUCACAUCAAGAGGAACCAGGAGAAGUACAACACGCUUGCUGAAAAGACCAGAGAGAUGGGUUACAAGAUGAAGAAACACAUGCAGGACUUGUCCAACAAGAUUUCUCGUCAGGGUCUUCAGCACAAUGAGCUCUGAGAGGCUUUGAUCCUGAUCCCACCUCUGAAGCAACAUGAAAACAUGCUGUGUGCGGCAGUCCUGGUUUACUGCUGGUUUUUUUUUCAUAGAUUUUUCUACUUUUCUAGAUUAUAAAUCACAGAAUGAAAUAAAUGACAAAUUGUUUGUGCAAAGUAUGCGUAUCACAUCCUUUAUAAUUCAGCUGGAUAUAUCACUACGUAAAUUACUGCUCAGAUUUAACUACUUCCAUUAUUUUAAUAUAAGUGUAUAACCACAUUGCCGUUUUUAUUUGUGCACCAAUGAUGAUGUUGAAAAAAUGUCUGCUUGUAACAGAAAAACUAAAUCUGGCUUCACCUCUUUAGUUUGGCCGAAUAUUGUUGUGAUAAGAGAUGAAGAACAGUUUGAGUCUGUGUUUAGAAAAUGAUGCAUUUUGUCUACAAUAUCAUGUCAUAUUCUUUCAUUAAUUGUGCAAAUAAUACAUUUAAAAUCAACUAGGCUGUCAUAUCUAAGGCAUAGAUUGGGCUGCUGAAGUGUAAUGUUGCUGCAUUUGGCUGAUUUAUCUUAUAUGUAAACUAGGAGGGUAAACACAGAAGGUCCAGACCUGAAAAUGAAAUUCUUUUAUUUUCAGGAAAAUACAAACACAAACAACAUACAUAAAUGUCUUAAAAAUAUCAUUUAAACAUAAUUUAUAUUGUUCUGGACUUGAGAAAACAGUUAAUAUUUACAAUUCCGGCGGAGGAAAGCAGUCAUUAAGAAGAUUUUCUCUCUAAAAUGUUUUUUUCUGACUAUUCCUCACAAUGUUUUUCCUCCCCAGAGACACUGUAGGAAACUGAAUCUAUAAAAACAAAUUUGUAAGUAUUAAGUAUUUUGUCCCAGUGAUUUUAAGAAGAGGGUGAGGAAUCAAAACUUUUUCGUUCAUCAGUUCCUGCCCUCACACAGAUCAGCAGGAGCAUUGAUUGCUGCGAUGAAUAAUGUUGGCUGGCUGAUUACUCAGCCGUGUCCUGCUUGGGCCACACAGGCCUGGAUUAAUGUAAUUUACACCCGGGAUCUAACUCUGAGCUGCUCAUUGCCUCGCUGCUCCGAUGUGGAAUGAUAGCUCGGCAUGUUGAAGCUCAUAACUGUCGAUAGUAAGUUGUCAUAGUGAUGGGGAGGGGUUGAUCUCAUAUCCUGUUGCAAUCUCAGACAAUGACAGUUGGUGAAUGCCAUUGCAGCUUAACAAAUUACAGUGUGAUGCAAAGUAAAGCUCGGGUUUAUCUUUGUUUCCUAUUUGUAAUAUUAAUCCACGUGAGAGAAAUGCAGGAAAAUGCCCAUUUAACAACAAGACAAGACCAGCAGCAUAAAGAGCUCCCACACAUUUGUUUUUCUUAGUGGAAUGGAUUGCUUAUGGAAAUUUCUGCACACUCAUCCAGCUGUGGGUGUAAUGAAGUACGACACCGCCUGCAUCCCUGCAUUUUAGCUUAUUUGGAGGGACAAAGAUUCUGAAGUGAAAACUCUUCUGAAGUCUCAUCGCGUUGUGGGCUGCAGAGUCAGUUUGGUGGCCAUCUGUUCUCAAGUUGAGCCAGCCUGUCCUCCCUGCCCUGAGCAUGCUUCGCCCCCACUCUCUGAGCCGUUUCCAUGGCAGUGGUGUUCAGGUGGGCGUACCUGAUGGGGCCCUCUUCUAGUUGGGGAGAAAGGGGAGGCUUGAACAAAACUUUUUUUUUUUGUGUUUUGUUUUUUUAAAUCAUCUCAAAAUUUCUAUUAGCACAUCCAGAAGGGAAAACAAGUGUAAUUCCGGUUUAAUUAAUCGUUUCUAUGUUUUUCAUUUGUACUGGUUUUUAUUUUUUAACCUUCAAAUUCAAACCUUUGAGUUGUUAUCAUGUUUAAUCUUUUGUAAAUCACAUUUUCACUGUAUUUAAUUGCUUUACUUUCAUUGUGCCAAUAUGUGAAUAUGAUUCUUAAAUUAGGCACUUUUUUAAACAUUUUCUCAUUCAAAUGUCAACAUAAACUGAACUGAUUCAAACACAUUUUUCUUGACAUGUUGAAAAAAAUGUGAGCAGGUUUGAGGUGGUACAUUUAAAACCAUCACCAUGUAGGAUGAGAGAAUAAUGAAUAAAUUUGACCCUUUCAUGCAUAAUGUCCACUCCAGUGGACGCCUAUUUAAAUGCUGUUUUCAAGUAUAUGCAUGGGCCAGGAUGGUAUAUUUGCAAAUUAGCCACUUCAGUGGACCUUAGUGAGUCAUCCAGUACGCUGCCUCUCACCGAGGAAUAAAGAAAUGUUAGAAAAUCUCAUACAUACAUUGUAAUUACCAUGUUUGCCACAGUGAUAAACAGGAAUAAUAAUAGAAUGACACAGCUGUAUGUUUAAAGACUGUUAUACAAAUAAGAUAGAUUAUUUUAUUAUUUAAUUUGAUAGAAUAGAUUCAAAUAAAGAAGCACAUUCCUGUACGUCUGUAGAAGUAAAAUCUUGUAUGUGAAAAAAUGUGCCACUGUUUUUAGUAACCCAUGGAUUAGAUGAUAACUGCAUAUAUGGAUGAUGUAGCCUAAUUAAACUGUUCUGUGCCUUUU